ACCUUUUUCGACUCAACAGUCGGGCAGACUUUGUACAUGUACAUGCUUGAUAAACAUCACAUGCAUAUGUAAAAGACCGAAUCACACUAAUUCAUUCUCACGUUGGAGUCUGAAGUCGAUGCAAUCUGAGAAGUAGGCUUAGGCGAGUUAAUUGGCAUAAUUAGCGAUGACCAGCAUUUUGAUACGAUCAGCUACGGACUGACCAACAGUCAUAGUGUAGUAUGUAACGGCAAAACUGACAUGGCACUUGGCAAGUUAGGAGUUGCACUUGUCUGCGGAGUGGUGGUUGGGGUUGUGGCAUGGGUUGCCUCCUGGGACGAUAAGUUCACUGUGAGGAAUGAGAUGAUCGUGGCCAGACCAGCCAAGGAGGUGUACGAGCUCAUUGCCGACUUACGGAAGCACAACAAGUACCAUCAGUAUGUCCCAAAGGAAACAGAGCUGUUGCACACUGUGACGUCUGAAGACGGUGUUGAACUGCGAACCUUCCGAACCAAAGAGUCCGUACCGCUUCCGUUUGGGUUCCACAUACCAGUGACUUUUGAUGCUUUGACUAAACUCACAAAACCCAACAAAGAACUCGUUAUUGACAUAGACGUGGGACGGACAAAAGGCUCAUCCAUCUGGACCCUGGAACCAAACAAAGGCACAGCGGGAGAAGGUUCCUCAUCAUCAUCAUCAUUAGGCACGCUGGUCAGGGAAGAAUUCACCCUGGAGUGUAUGUGGAUCACGUGCGGAUUCGUGGAGGAAAAGGCGAGGUCGUCUCAUGAGGAACUGUUUCGGAAUCUGAAGAGGGAUCUGGAUGGAAAAGAGCCCGUUUGAUGCUCUGGUCCAGCAAUGGCAUUCCAAAAACCCGACUGAUGUGGCUUGAUGGCAUAUCCACAGCAAACCUUUUUGAGUUAAUUAAGUACAGUCAGAAAGAUAGUGCCGUAACGCUCUCGAUUGGCCGUACAGAACAGGCGCAAAUCCAGAGGGGGAUUUUGGGGUUCAAAACCCCCUCAGCUCUGUAGUUUUUUUCCCAUAGAAAU